AUGGACUCUAAAUGGAUAGCAGAAAGAGAUGCAGAAGCUGUUAAAAUUUUAACUGAUAACAAUUCUAUAAAUAAAGAUAGACGGUAUUAUCAUAUCCGUGAAAAAUUUGAACUAAUAGAGGUAGCUGGCGUUCGACGAGUUCGACGAAAGCGCGAUCAACGCAUUAUGGCAGUAGUUAAAAAUUUCACUAGUAUUAUUCGUGAUAUGCAUGUGGCCAGUGGAUAUAAAGGUGAAACAAAAACACACAAGAAAAUAAUGGAACACUAUUCUAAUAUUACAAUGGCUGCUGUAAAAGCUUACAUUGCUAAUUGUGAAAGAACACUUAACCAAAUUUUCAAUUUUCAAUUGAAAUGCAAAAAGGCUUCGGAAGUGGCCAAAGAAUUAUUAAACAUAUUUUUGACGUUUGGUGCCCCUCACGUUCUGCAGUCCGAUAAUGGUCGCGAAUUCACAGCCGAUAUUAUAACUGAAUUAGCAUCAUUGUGGCCCGAUCUAAUACUAGUAAAUGGUCGGCCACGUUAUCCACAAAGCCAAGGAUCUGUAGAAAGAGGUAAUUGUACGUUGAAGGAUUCACUGGUGGCGUGGAUGCGAGAUAAUAAAACUGCGGCGUGGAGUUACGGCAUCGCCUUUGUACAAUGGGGUGUUAAUACGACAUAUCACGAAGCUAUAAAAAUGACUCCAUACGAAGCAGUCUUUGGUCAAAAACCACGGAUAGGACUGGCAACAAAAGUACCUCGACAGUUGGUAGAAAAUAUAAUGACAGGUACAUUGGAAGAGGAUAUACUGAAAAUGCUUUUAAAUGAGGACAAAGAGGACAAUGAGGACGUACAAGUACUCAAUACUGAAACAAUAGAUUUAGAGCGUACGCAAGAUACAGAAGAAGUAUUAGAAACUACUACUGCGUGCUCGCAGCAUAAUAUUAUUCCAGAAAAUAAAAUAGAACAAAAACUCGAGAAAUUAAUAAAGACCACGCAAAAAAUUUUGGAUAUUGAAAGUGACACCGACAAACUCAAAAUUUAA